CGCACGUGUCCGUUACGAUUUGUAAGAAGAACGCGCAACCGCAGAUCAGAGUCGAACAGAGAUGGACCGUCGUGGCCAUCGUUUCUCCGUUCACGCCGUUGAAUUCUGAAGCAGAAUGAAGUGAUGCUCCUCUGGUGCCGGACGGAAGUAAGUAACAGCUUUCCCUCAGUUUCAGUUUCCGGUUAUUCUGUUUGAAGACAAAGGAAGAACUUCAACUCCAAAUAUAGCAGAAAGGGAUAUCGAAACAGAUAUCGUAAUAGUCUGUUCUCAAUGGAGAAGAGGUUGCGUUCUUCUCUUGAAUCCUCGGCGGAAGAAUUCGUCUCCUCUGCUGUAAAACUUAGCCUCAAGUCGUCAAAGCACACACUCAAAACCCUAAUUCAUGGCGUAAAAUCUUCUUCUGGCUACACCUCCUCUAUUCCUCUUGCCCUACAACCUCCUAUUUCUCGCGCCAUCGCAACUUUUCAGAAUCUUACUGGCUCCAAUUGCACUAACCCUAAUCCACAACGCAUCCCUAGCCCCUCCAACUCCCCCCAGCCUCCUUCCACUAAACGUCUGCGACGAUCUUUGCGACACUCCAGAACUCGGGAAUUUGAAGGUUUAGAGAGUAAUGGGUCAAAUGCGAACUCACGAAAGGAGAAAGUUCUGGGAGAGCUUGAAAUUCUGUCGUACCUUGUACUCUUAUGCAUUUCGCACCCUAAAAGAGUAUUUUCUCUGACUGAUUUACUGCCGUGUGCUCGGGACUUGCAUGAUAAUUUGAUUAUAUUUGAGUCGGAUUCAGUAUUAUCUACGGAGAUUGCUAAUUUGUGCGAGGAAUGGUGGAAGGAGGACUUGCCGGGGCGAGAAUCUCUGAUCUCUCAGUCACUCCCUUUCCUGCUCUCCAGAUCGUUGACGCUAAAGAAGAAGGUGGAUGUGCACAAGGUUUAUAUGCUUCGGGAGGCAUUUUCUUUGUUUGAUUUUGAAGACGAGAGUAUUGAAGAUCUGAAAUUUUUGCUAAUUCGUUGCGUUAUUGCUCCUUUGUAUUUGAAAACCGAGGAUGGUCGUCGAUUUGUUGCAUAUACUUUUGGCUUAAGUCGACAGCUAUUGAAGGAAGCAUUGGCAGUUAUUCGAUCCCAAAUUCCGUUUGGGAGAAAAUCUAUGUUGGAGGGGUAUGGAGACAUUGUGUUUCGUGCUUGGCGAAAUUCUGAAGAAAAUACAAGGGAUGAAAUCGAAAAUGGAUUUUUGCAGGGUUUGGUGGAGGGUGCCAUUCACGCGAGCACAAGCGUAUUUGCUGCUUCAAUUAGAAGGGUUUUAGGAGGGUUUAUAAACCAGCGAACGGUUGAUGGUGUUGAGAAGCUUCUCUUCAGUCUAACUGAGCCUGUGAUAUUUCGAUCACUGCAGGUUGCAAAUUCAAAUGUUCGUCAAAAUUCAUUGCAUCUACUUUUGGAUGUGUUUCCUCUUGAAAAUCCUGAUGCUACAAAAGAGCUGAAAGACACAUUGCUUGAUAGACAGUUCUUUUUAAUAGAGAAACUUCUCACGGAUGAAAGUCCAGAUGUGAGAGUUGUAGCAGUUGAAGGUUGUUGUCGCAUUCUUUAUUUAUUUUGGGAAAUUAUCCCUUCUUCAACCAUCACAAAGAUCAUUACCAAGAUUUUUGAUGAAAUGUCACGUGAUAUAUCCAAUGAAGUCAGGCUUUCAACAUUGAAUGGCGUAAUCUAUUUGUUUGGGAACCCCCAAUCUCAUGAGAUUUUAAAAGUGAUCUUGCCAAGGUUGGGACAUUUGAUGCUGGACAAUGCUCUUUUGGUAAGAGUAGCUCUAGCAGAUCUCCUCCUCCUUAUCAGGGAUGUUCGUGAUUUCCAGUUUAAUAAGGUUGUCAGUUUAGAUGUAUUGUUAACUGUACUUGCACACGAUCAACCCAUUAUUAGUCAGAAAAUUACUAGAUUGCUGAUGCCAUCGUAUUUCCCCACCAAAGUGUCAACUAAAGAGGCAUGCAGCCGUUGCAUUACACUUAUAAAAAGAUCUCCCAUGGCUGGAGCAAGAUUUUGUGAAUUUGCUGCAUCAGAAGGGGCAUCACUUAAGUCCAUUGUGGAACUUGUUCGAGCGCUAAUUGAUUUGGUUUCGUCCUCUGCCAAGCUAGAUGAAAAUUACAUUGAUGGUUUACUUCUUUCAGCUAAAUACCUUUGCAGCUGCAUUUCGAAGGAGCCAUGUUACAAGAUCGAUCUCAAAGAUUUGUUCACCGCUAAAAAAUUGAAGAGCUUGCUCUUGGUAGCACAAUCUAGGUGUGCUCGAUCUUCUUUAUUCAACAUCUUUUCCUCAUUCUCUCCUGAUGAUUUUACGGAUCUUCUUGAUGAGUGCAUGCAAUUACUUACAAACUGUCAUGGAUUAUCAGGAGACAUAGAAAAGCAAGCUGAAGUGAGGUCUGGCCAUAAGUUUUUUCAGGCUUGUGAUGCAUUGGACGUUAUGUUUGAAGCCAUGACAUUGAUACUGCAGAAAUCUGCAUAUCGUUGCCAUAUUAAAUUUGGAACUGAAAUUCCAAAGCUCAGUGUUUCCUCUGGAAAGAGAAAGAAAUGCAAAUUAUCAGGAAAAAUACUAUCUAGAUUAAAGCAUUUUGGUGGAAAAAAGUCUCUGAGCUUUGAAGAAGACUACUUUGUUGCAGUAGGAAUGUCGUGGCAAGUUAAAGAUUUGCUUUCAGAUGAAAAAACAAAGAAUGCUUUAUUGAGUUGCCAGACUAUAGAGACUAUAUUUCUUAGUUUAAAGGUCAUCUGCGAAGUUAGUAUUGUGCAAUGCGUCAAUUAUGACUUUAUGGAUGUAUCUCCCGUUCUAGCAUAUGCAUCUCUUGCUUUGCACAUGACUCUUCAGAAGGCCGGCCAAUAUAUCCCGAGUAAUAGUGGAACCAAGAACAAAAUUCCAGAUUCUUGUAGUUCAGAGGAAAAAUUGGAGACGACGCUUGAUCACUUGCUUGAAUGUGUUAAGAAACUGUACGUGUCAGAUGAUUCCCCUGAUGAAGCCAAGCAAGAUAAUGGAAAAUCGACUCAACAUGUAGAUCAAAAGCUGAAGGAAUCUGGAACAAAUCGAUCUCACUCCCUUCGGGGAGGAUGUGUUGAUGCUUCAGAAAAGACGUUGAAGCAGGUGAAGAACCUUAUAGCAGUCCUCAAGUUCAUUGUUGAUGCUAUUUCCAUGGGGUUUCUUUCACAAAAGUAUGAAUUGUGCUUGAAAUUCGCGUCAGAGUAUAUGCAAUCCAUCACGUCGAUUUUAGGCCAACAUGUUUACAAAGAUAUUCAAAUCGAUGCGGAAAUGAAAGAAAUUUUUCUGUGUCUAAAGAGCUCGUGGACCUAUGCUGCCAAGUUAUUGGGUGAAAUAUCAAGACGUGUGGAAGAUUCCCUGUUGACAGAGACUUCAAUUCUUGGUCAUUAUUUGCUUGAUUUGAUUGCCUUAACUGAAGUACACUUGGGGUCUGCUUAUGCAUCACGUCUUGUUGCAGUGGCAAAGGCUUGGCUUCCUGAUCUGAUUUUGGCGUUGGGAGCCAGUUGCACAAUGAGACCUGUUGAAGGAGAGGAGGCGUACAUCAACCUUUUUGAGCAGACCAAAUUCUAUUUUCCCUCAUGGUUUUCAAUCGUUGGAAAGAUUGAACUUUCUAAUACGAGUGAAGAUUCUGCCGAGGAGGGGGACGACGAUGGAUCCUCCAACAAACAUAAUUCUUCCACAUUUAAGAAAUUUCUGAAGAUGAUUGUCACAUUUUUGAAAAGAGAUCACCACAUUUUGGAUGCAGUUGGAGUGAUUUUUAUGGUUGGUUCAGAAGUUGGGUUGGAAAGAAAGGAUUUUGGGCUGGUACUUGGACUUCUACAGUUUGUGUGCCGAAGCCUAUACAGUGCUGACGACAGAGAGUGGGGUGACAUAAUGUUGGCUUCAUUACGACGUUGCUACCCUCAGAUAGAGAGAGAAAUAGAAGAAUGUAAUGGAGAUGGACUUUAUCAAUUAGAGAAGGCAAAGGCUUUGCUUGAACCUAUAUGGUUGUAUCACAUUUUCGAAACUGGUAAGCUUUCAAUGAUGAAUGAGUAGACAAACCUUAUGUUACUUUUUAUCUUUUACUUUUCCUGCAAGAAAGUUAUUCUUCAAUGGUGAAGCUGAGAUUGGCUAAAUCAGUAGGGGUUUAAAUUGGUUAAUUUGAUUGAAUUGAAGUUGAGGAUAUUGGGACCAAAAAGGAAGCACAGCCUGCACAGCCCAUGAGGUGACUCGUGCCCUUUGACAGUCGACAGACUAUUCAUAUGGGUGGGGGUUAUUCCACAGUUGAUAACAAAAGUAGGAAAAGGAAAAGAAAACUGAGAGCCAGUUUUCAACGUCGUGGUGAGGAGGUUAUUGGUUCGGUCCCAUGAAGUGAAAACUGAAAAGUAACACAAUUAGGCAUCUAAAGGAAAGAGCCAGCAGCAGCUUUAAGGCCACGAUAUGGACCAGCCCACAUCAACUUUUAUAGAAUGUGUUGGAAGAGAAGAUGCGAUGUGAAGCGAAGACUUUAAAGUGUCAACGAUGAAAUAGAAGUUUGCAUGUAGUUUUCUGUGGCUCCUAAUCCUUGCCUCGCGCUUCAUAAACGGCUGGCUAUUCAAUUGAGAAAAGACUAGUCAGAAAAUGGUUGAAAGCUUGAAAGUGAGGCUCAGGUAUUAUUUAUAUAUAAACGUAGUUCAUCAAAUACGCCCUCAUCUUUCUAUUUCCGUAUUUUUGUAAUUUAAAAGCGAACCCCCCCAUCUUCUGUGGGCCAAAAGCAGCAUCAGCAUCACCGGUGGAAGAGCUUCCUUUUUUUUUUCUUCCCCUCUCCCCUUCAUUAGUGGGGGCCAUAAUGUAAAAAGCAAGAAAACUGAGGAAUUAAAAAUAAAAAUACACACACCAGAACAGAACCACCCUCCUCCCUUCCUCUGUCAAUUCCAAUAUGAAAGAUCCUAGACUUUUCAAAAGUUUUGUAGCAAAGGAGAAUAGAUAUAUUGAUAGAGAGGCAAAUGAAAGACAACAUGAGGGCCACUACAACCCAUUUGUGCCACUAAUGGGCGAACACCUUUGCAAGAGAUUCCUCCAGAGACAGCUCAACUCAGCGGCCGUCCUAAGAUUCCAAGCCCUCUUCCUCAAAGCUUAAAGUUCCCUAAACCCCAUACCUUCUUUUCCUCUUCUUUUUAUUACUUUCCAAUUUAAUACCAUUUAGCUUGUUUCUUAAUGCCAUUUUGCUUCCUGUUAUCAUCUUACUAUAUAAUCUUUCUCCACCAACUCCACUUGUAAAAUUGGACCUCUCUUCUCUUCCUAUUGAGACGAUUGUGGGGAAACUUUUCGUUUUAAUAAUAUGAUUCUAUAUAAGUGGUCCAUUUCCGAUGCAGUCCAAGUAUCUUACACUUUUUUAGAACAAAAAUGUAACCUUGCCGAAUCAA